UUUUCAACAAUUCAUAUUCUAUGCAUUUUUAUGUGCAGUAAGUAAUUUUCAACAUAAUUGGAUUACCUUAAUCAUCAAUUUCGUUGGCAUAGAUCCAUUGGCAGCAACGAUUUUAGUCAUUUUAAUAUCAUUUCUAUAAACCAUGGACUACAAUAUAUUAUUAUCUACUUGAUACACCGGGAUGAGUGAUCAAUUUCCCCAGGAAAGCCAAAACACAAGGACCUCCGAAGAUAAGCUGGAUUUGUAUGACUUGAUUGGGGGUAGUUGGCCCCCUGCACCUCGGCCACCAGAGCACCCUGAGUAUGGGUCAGUGCCUAGCAGACGCACUAUGCAGCAUUCAUCCCCACAUGAACGAGUGAAGUCUGUAAAUAUCAUUAAUCACCUGGCUCCAGAAAAAAGAAGAAUUAAACCCACAACUGCAAAUACUGCAUCUACAAGUUCUGAGGAACGGCCAAAAAGCAAAAUGGUGCAUGAGCCAAAGAAAAUUGAAACUGGAAUUCUUGUUGAUGUGUGCAGCGGAGAUGGACCCGAGGAGUUGUAUGAUUCGCCAGUGCUCGGGUCUCCGAGGGCGGUUCCCGCGCAAAGACCUUCACCCCUACACUUACAGGAAGACAUAGGGGUGGGGUCUCUAGUAGAGGUUGCUACAGAUGUGGAUCAGCAGUAUUAUGGAGUGGUCAGGUGGAUCGGGAUUAUUGAUGACACAGCGACAGCGGGUGUGGAGUUGGAGCAAAGCGUGUGCGGGCUCGGCGACGGCACGCGCGGUUCAGCGCGGCUGUUCUCGUGCGCUCCAGGGCGAGCGCUGUUCGUGCCGCUGCCACUCUGUCGCCGCGAUGCGCGCUUCCGUGAUACGCCGCCACCCGACACGGCUCGCUCUGACUCGGAUCCGCAUCUCGACCAGCCAGAGUGCCCACUGGUGACGGGCGUGGUGCCGCCGCUGAGCUCGCUGGGCGAGCUGGCGGGCAAGAACCGCGGCAUCCAGGGCCACCACAACUCGUGCUACUUGGACGCCACGCUCUUCGCCAUGUUCACGUUCACGAGUGUCUUCGACGCGCUGCUGUACCGUCCGCCGGAGCCGGAGGACUCGCCACACUACUUGGAGGUUCAGCGCGUCCUACGCGAGGAAGUAGUGAACCCGCUGCGGCGGCACGGCUACGUGCGCGCCGACCGCGUCAUGCGCCUGCGCACGCUGCUCGAGCGUCUUUCCGACGUGCCCGGCCUCACCUCCGAGGAGAAGGACCCAGAAGAGUUCCUAAACGGCCUUGUCGCUCAGUUACUGAGAGCGGAACCAUUCCUAAAGCUAUCCUCAGGACAGGAGGCUUUUUGUUAUCAGCUGUUCGUAGAAAAGGACGAGCAGAUCACGUUGCCUACCGUUCAACAGUUGUUAGAGCAGUCGUUCGCUACCUCCGGUGUAAAGCUUAGUGAGGUACCAGCUGCGUUUAUAAUUCAAAUGCCACGCUUUGGCAAGCAAUACAAAUUGUACCAACGAGUGCUGCCUUCACCACUGCUUGACGUAACGGAUCUCAUUGAAGGCUUGCCCCGGCAGUGCACGGUGUGCGGCGGCCUGGCGCGCUGGGAGUGCGCGGCGUGCGCGCGCGGCGGCUCGCUGGAGGCGGGCGCGCUGUGCGCCGCGUGUCUGCGGCUCGCGCACGCCCAGCGCCCGCACCACAAGGCAACGCCUUUGCUGGUGCCAGAAGAGUGGGCGAGCGUGCUGGAGGGCGCACCAGCGCCGCGCGUCUACAUGGAGCUGUUCGCAGUGCUGUGCAUCGAGACCAGCCACUACGUGGCCUUCGUCAAGGCGGGGCAGGCGCUCGACGCGCCUUGGUGCUUCUUCGACUCCAUGGCCGACCGCAAGGGCGAGCGCAACGGCUACAACAUCCCCGAGUGCUCGGUCAUCCCGGAGCUGGGCGCGUGGCUGAGCGAGGACGGCGCCCGGGCGCUGCUGGCGGCGGCGCCGCGCGACCGCCAGCUGCCCGCGCCCGCCAAGCGCCUGCUCGCCGACGCCUACAUGUGCUUCUACCGCAGCCCCGACGUCGCCAUGUACCGGUAGAUAACUCCACGACCGCCAAGGCCACACUAUUUGUGCGUAUCGCUGCCACCUUUCCCACCUUUGCCUAAAGAGUCUAAGAGAAUGCGUCAGAUGCGUCAUAUCCAUAGGUUGGUCAGUAUGAGCGCGUGUGACGAAGGUAUUCUGUACAAAAUACCAGCGUCGAUAACUUCGCGUCGAUACAAAUGGCUAAGGUAUACAAUAUGUACCUCUAUAUUAAGCUCUCCAACUCGAGCAGCUACAAAGUAACUUGUAUUUCAUCUGUGCCAGUGAGUCUACUUAGUAUCUAUAGGAGCCUUAUUACUACUAGCUCAGCUAAAGCAAUAUUAUGGCUGCAACUAUUUAAUGGGCUAGCCAGAUUACCCAUUUUGUCAUAUACAGCUAUAAGCUUCCUUAAUUAAUUAACGCCAUCAAGAAGAUCAUUCUAAUGUGAAUGACGACCCUUGAAUAUCACUUCACUCCGGCGAUUCGUAGGUGGUUGCACGCUGGUUUUCUAUAAAAACAUCUCACCAUGCAACCAUCUGAGUUAAGUUGCAGACAUAUAAUAUAUUUAUUUACAUAUUUAUAUUUAAAUAUUGUUAUUAAAUAGUUGACUAAUAUUAGAGAAUAAAAUAUGUAUUCAUAUCUUUAGGUGGAGUGCAUACAAACGUAGGUAGAUAAAGUAAAUAUUAGCAGACCUUACUUCAUUUGCAUUAAUUAAGGUUUGCAAUCGCUUAAGUUCUUUUUGUGUUUGGGUAGAACAAUACGCGGCAAAAACGCAACCCAAUAAUAAACUUUGAAUUGGAUGUAUGUAAGGUUGGUAUUCCACUUGCCAAUUUCUUGGCCCAAUGUGUAUUGCAUCUCACUCUCUCACUAAGCAAAAUGUGAGACGCAAAUACACAUAGGACAAAGAAAUUGGACAGUUGGAAUACCAUCCUAAGCGAUUUUCAAAAGUAUUAUAAAUUAUAAAACUUGAUGUAAAAUAAAGUUAAUUCAUCAGUUAAAUGUUAAUUCUAGGCAAAUAAUUAUGAUGUGCAAUGCAGAAAUAUACCUAUAUUUAUUUUACCAUAAUGUGAUAUUAUUUGGUAAUAUUUGUAAUAAAAAUAAUAUGAUCUACUAAACUUUUAUUUUCAUAGC